AUGUGUGUUUUCUGUUGUAUUGGCAUUUGUUGCGGAUCUCUUCUUGCAACCUGUUUGCCUGCCUCUAUCUCCGUUCCGUUGCUUGAAACUAUUCGAGAAAUAUUGCCGACUAAUCCUGUUCCAAUCACUCCCAAUCCUCCGGCAAGACAAGAGAGCAUUGACGCUUUGCCAAUGGUCUCCUUUAGUGCAGAAUCUAAUCAAUUCGAUCAGACUCAAUGUACCAUUUGUCAAACAGAGUUUCAACCAAAUGAACAAACAAUGAAAAUUGAAGAAGCCUAUCAAAAACAUGAAAAAAAAGUUCUACUCGAUGCAUAUCAUAUAGAUCUCGUACAUAUGAUACAAAUUUCUAAUACCAAUUUACAAAAACAACGUCCCAUAAGACGAGUGACGAUCGAUGGAACUAUUGAUGGAAAGAAAGUGAGAGAAGAACGUUUCUUUGCUGAUCCUCUUUUACCUACGCGUCCAUUUAUGAAAUAUCGAGAGGUCAAUAUCAGAUCAUCAUUCAUUCAAGCUUCUCUUGAUCAUUUUGACAUUCUUUUGGGCCAAGCUAUAUCGCCUGACAAGCGUACAAUGCUCGUGGAGACAGCUGCUGAUGGUUUAAUCAUUGAAGGAGCAUUAGCAGGAAAGAAACAUGAUGGAGAAGAAAUGGCUGACAUUCUUCGACAAUUUCAACAGGAUCGAAAAAAUACAUGGCAAUGUUGUGCAUGGCUUUAUUGUAAAGAAUCCUUUCUCUAUGUCAAACUAAAUGAAUACAUGCGAUUAUCAGCUGACUUUGGCGCGGGUGAAGUUUGGCGAGAACACGUACCAACAUUGGGAGCAUUCGCAAUUCUUCUGUGGGAUGGAUAUGAAGAUCAAAAACUUGAACAAAAAAUAAAUAUCGUAUAUCGUGGAGCAAAUUUAUCUAUGCAUUUAAUUGAACAAUUUGAAAAACAAGCAAUGAAAAAGAGAAGACAUCGUCCUUGGAUUGAGUUUCCAGCAUUUACUUCCACAAGUCGAAAUCGCAGUAAAGCAGAAGAACUUGGCAAUGUAUUGUUUGUGAUAAAAAUCAAUCAAUAUGAAGGUUUUGAUAUGAUAUCUUAUUCUAUUUUCGAUGAAGAAGAAAUUCUUGUUAAACCACAUUAUUUUUUUAAAGUUCGAUCGUGUGUCAAAGAUCAAGAUAGGAACAAAUGGAUUAUUCAUCUCGCUUGA